GACAUUUCUUGCGUAAUAAAACACUGUAGAGCCAGCCUAAAAGGUCUGUGUUCGGACUCUCGCUGAAACUUUUGGGUCCCUGUCAAACUUUUCUUUGCAGCUGGAAUAAAUAGCUACCCCAGAUAAAACGGUAUGUUCAUGCUAACUUAUGGGAAAAUCAUUUGGUCUUGCUCUUAAAAGGGAAUGCAGUAAAAGGUCAUGUGGCUUUGCUUGCUUUCGUUAUGUAAUGGGGGUCAAAUAUUUCAAGCCAAAAACCACGAACGAGGACUUUCUUUGUCUACUCACUGUCUGUCUGUCUGUCUGUCUCUGCUUUGGUGUGUGCUAGAUGGCAAAUGAAGCCAAUCCUUGUCCCUGUGAUAUUGGGGAUCGGAUGGAGUAUGGAGGGCUCGGCCAAGAGGUCCAGAUAGAGCACAUCAAAGCUUAUGUGGUGAAACCAUCCACUGCUUCUGACAAGGCUGUGAUUGUCAUCCAGGACAUCUAUGGCUGGGAGCUCCCCAACACAAGAUACAUGGCUGACAUGCUGGCUGCCAAUGGAUACACGUGGGUAAAAAAUUAUAGUGCAUUUUAGGGGGGACUUUAUGCUGCAUGUAAUCCUGUUAUAGUUGUUAGAACAGUUUUUCUCAGCAGUGAUUUGUGGUCCUUUUUUCAUCCCCUCUGAGCAGAGCUGUUUGCCCAGACUUCUUUGUAGGGAAGGAACCCUGGAACCCUUCGAAUGACUUUUCCAUAUUAUGGGACUGGCUCAAAGAUAAGAGCCCUACUGACACAAACAAGUAACUAUAACCCCUUAUUAAGCAGUUUUUGUGUUUAAAAAAAAUAUAUUUUUCAGUUAAUAGAAACGGAGAAUGUCGACAAUCCUUACUUUUUACCUUUAUGCAUGGGUUUGAAGAAAAUUGUGAUAUUUCUAUAUUACUCUCCAGGGAAGUGGAUGCAGUGCUGAGGUUCCUGAAGGAGCAGUGUGGGGCAAAAAACAUUGGAGUAGUGGGCUUCUGCUGGGGAGGGAUCGCCACACAUUACAUUUCCCUCAAUUAUCCGGAGAUAAAAGCUGGAGUGUCUCUAUAUGGUCUGUAUAUUUUUCGAGUAAAGCAUAUAUAACUCUCAGUAUACAGCACAAAGACUCUUUGUGAUGGGCUCAUGUGAUUCUGCGUAGGGAUUGUCCGUGACAGAGAGGACAGGUAUGGGCUGAAGUUUCCUACGUUGUUUAUCUUUGCUGGGAAUGAUUCCUUCAUUCCACUGGACCAGGUAACUUACUGCAGUAGCUUUAGAAGAUAUAUGCUUUACAUGUGCAAUAUCACAACUAUAAAUCCUUUAUUUUGCACGUCUUUUCAGGUAAAUGUUCUUGAAGAAAGGUUGAAGGAGAAAUGCACAACUGAUUUCCAUGUGAAGAUCUUUCCAGGUCAGACACACGGUUUUGUCCACCGAAAGAAUGAAGAUAUGAACCCUGACGACAAACCGAGCAUCUUGGAAGCUAGAGCCGACUUACUCAACUGGCUCAAAAAGUAUAUGUGAAGAAGUUUUAGUAUGGCUUAAAAAAGGCUCUCAGCCAAAAAGAUUUAUGUUAGAAAAUUACGCCAGAGAGACGAGAUAUACUUUGCCUUUCAUACAUGCUUUAAACUCAAAUAAACUUAAUGUGCUUUUUGCUUCAAGCUUAAGGUUAUAAUUGUACAUUUGGUAAUCAAUUUUUAUUAAUGUAAUUGCAAAUGUGAUCUGAGGCAGCUAAAUGUUCUGUUAUGGACCAGAAGAACUGACCUUUUUCUUGUUAUUACAAUAACUGUGAGCCCAAAACUAUCUAGCAUCGAAAGUGCAGCUAUGAUUCAAAGCAUGCCAGUAACUACAGUCAUAUAAGGAACACUGAUUAAACUCUUGAUGAACCAGCU